GCCAUCUGCCUUUCUACCUGAGCCAAGUCCCUUCAACACCGCAGGACACGCCUAUCUUCAGCCGCAGAGGGAAACCUGGAUGUCACAGCAUCGUCCGAUGAUCUCUGCACGCCGCUCCGUUAUUUGUUUCUGUCUGGAGACUAUGACUGCUAUGCCAACUUGUAAGAAGCUGUUGAGAAGUACACAACUACCAAACCCUUUUCCAAGCUCAAGGAUUUAAACACAGUCUCGGAUUCAACAUGAGCAUCAUAUCUUGGAGGUGUGUCGUCCACUCUUUUGUUUUUAGUUUCGUGGUCAUAGCUUCGGCCAUAAGGACUGAUGCAACUCUGGAAGGUUCCUCUAUGGGUCACAUGAGUCUGGCCCAUAGUCAGGAGCCCGAGGAGAUGCCACGGGUCGUCCAUGUGUCUGAGGUCAGGGGAGCUGACGGAGGCCAUGCGUCAAUCUCUCGACGGAAACGGAACAUUCUUUUCCCGAGCGGAGUGAAGCUCUGUGCGCAAGAGACCACCCAGCAAGUGGUUGCAAACCACCUGAGCUACUUUCAUCUCCGAGUGUGCCAGGAAACCGUAUGGGAGGCUUUCAAGAUCUUUUGGGACCGUCUCCCAGAGCAAGAAGAGUACCAAAGCUGGAUGAGCCAAUGCCAGAAGGGCACAGUCACGGCACAAGAUGUUGGCAGCUACUUCAGCCGGUCAGAGGAGCACCAGGCUCUGGUUGAAAAGGCAAGUAGCUCAAUAAUGUUUUAA